GCACGUUAACACCAACACAAAUUCAAAUGUCACGAUAGUAUGGAGUUGAGGCUACGGAGACGAGUAAACGAGAGUGGCACGAUAGCCGUUUGCCUGUACGGACGGCGGAAUUGUCGGGCUUUAGUCGGUGAAAACACACACUUUUCGAACAGUUUUCAGAUUGUUGGAGAUUGUUUCGUACCCCCACCUCUGGAUGCGCGAAACAGAUUGGGAUUUCGAGGGAUUUCGACGGAUUUGAAGGUGUUGGGGACUUAUUUUUCAGGAGGACUGGGGACUGGGGAGGUUUUGGAGUUUUUGGGGAUUAUUGUGGAGAAAGUGAUUGUUCAGUGGUUAAGGGGGCUUUCAUCGUUGGUUGCUGAUUUUCGCGCAACGAUGGAUGCCGAGGUUGCACCCGGGGAUGGGGAUGAUGGAGUCGAGGAGAUCGAAGACUCCCCUGGAGCCCCUGAAAAUACAUUCGACAUGACUCUCGCCACUUCGCACUCAUAUCUAGGUAACGAUCUCGAAGUUUUACGAGGCAGAACUCUCCUGGACAACGGAAUUUACGUGGAUCUGCCGCUUCUCGCGGAAAAAUCGGUAGUUCUCUUCCCAGGACAGACACUACCGAUAAUGGAAUAUGAUAUCAGAACGAUUGAGAUGUUGAGGAAAUGCAUAAAAAAAGACAGGACAUUUGGUGUCGCCUGCUUGAGGUAUGAUCGAGGAUUUCCCAUCGGUACAACUGCCGAAAUUUACGAAUAUUCCGAGAACACGGGAUCCGAUGGGGUCCGGGUCAAAGCCAAAGGCAGGCAGAGGUUCAGGAUUCUCCGAAUACGAAGUUCAUCAGGACGGAUUUCCGCAGACGUAAAAAUUCUACCUGAGACGGAACUGAGUCCGCCCUUCCACGAAGACCGUCUGGCGUGUCUGGAUCGUCUCCGGGUAAUUCCCAAGAAUGAAAAGGACGCAAAAGAUCAGGACAAAGUGGCUAAACUGGAGUCAGUACUGACACCGUGGCCAGCAUGGGUCUAUCACCAGUACAAUCCCCGUCGUCUGGCGAUGAAAAUCCAUCACUACCUGCGUUUCGUGCGUUCCAGGGGCAUCAACAUACCCUCUGACCCCACGGAGUUAUCCUUCUGGGUCGCACAGAAUCUCAUAAUGAAGGACAAAGUGAAAAUUUCACUCCUGGAGAUGGAUUGCGCCAUUCAGAGGCUUCAGGUCGAGGCUAAAUUACUCGCAAAACUCCAGGAGAAGUUGUUCGUCUGUUCGGAUUGUCGGACGGUUAUUGCAAAACAGGCGGACGUCUUCCCCAUGAAUACUGAGGGCAUCCAGAGUGCGUAUUGCAAUCCUGCUGGGGCUAUUCAUGAAACUGUGACACUCCAUCGAGCUCGGGAACUCGUACUCAGGCCUGAUCCACCGUCUACUGAGUGCAGUUGGUUCCCUGGAUACGCAUGGACAAUCGCCAAUUGUGCGCACUGUGGGUACCACAAGGGCUGGAAAUUCACAGCAACGCGAUCGGACUUGACUCCAAAAUCCUUCUGGGGUCUCACCCGAGCUGGACUCGUCUGGGGAGACUCGGAACUACCCGACGACGAGGACGACGAAGAAGACUGCGACGACUCCUCUGGAAUUUUCGAUCUCGAGGGGGGAUAACACAUUAACUUACCUUUCCUAUUUUUGUCACGAGACAAUAAUCUUUAAAAAAAUGCCGCCUUUCUCGGAUUGAAUCGAUUCAUUCCCUCCCUCAAUCCACAUUACUGUGGAUUCUCAUAAUUUCCAAAAUCAUGGAGAUCUGAUGAGACAAAUUUUCAUAAUCAUCACAUUUGGAAAAUUGACAGGUCAAUUGGCAAAAUGCAGUGGUUUAAUUCCGAUCCUGAA